GCAGCAGGAGUCCAGUCCCGCCAAGGCCGAGCCUGCCAAAAGCAGACACAGAUCGGGAUGUCCAGCAGAUUCCUGCUCCAGCUCUUGGGGUUCUGGCUGCUGCUGAGCCGGCCUUGCGGGGCGCGGGUCUCGGAGAAGUGGCUGGACGAAGUCAUUCACGUGUGCGGCCGCGACUAUGCCCGAGCAGUCAUCGAGAUCUGCGGGACGUCCGUGGGGAGGCUGGCUCUGAGCCCGGAGCGGCCGGCCUCAGAAAUCAUGCCAUCCUUCAUCAACAGAGAUGCAGAGCCUUUCGAUAUGAUGUUAAAAUGCCUUCCAGAUUUAUCAGAGGAGCCCAAAGCAGCACUGUCUCAGGGGCUCAAACCGUUGCCAGAGCUACAAUAUGCAUCUGCACUGAGAGACUCUGCUGUCAGCUUGGAAGGAUUUGAGAAGACUUCCCGUAAAACACAGGGUGAAGCAGAAGACAAACGGCCUCUAGGACUUCAGUACUCACGCUCGGAUGCUCAUUCACGGAAAAGGAGGGAGUUUGAUGUGCGGCUGAGCAAGCAAUGUUGCAACGUUGGCUGUACCAGAAGAUCUAUUGCUAAAGUCUGCUGAUACAGGGUUGUCUGCAACUCGUCAGUGUUCACGAGCAUUCUUGGCUCCUGUCUGAUGCCUCUUUCCG